GCUUCCGUUUCCAUUCAGUGAACCAGUUCAGUGGAUUACUUUACGACCGGCGUGUUCAGGACUUUAUGAUAGGAUUUCUUUAAAGAACGCAGCGGAGUGAAGGUAACAGCAGAGAUCAGAGCUGAGGAGGACUGGACACAUCCUCCGUCGUCUUCCUUCCUCUUUCAACUUCUCAUUAUCGCCACUAAAUCUCAGUAAGAAUGCAUUUAGUGGUGCUUGUAUUUGCCUCAGCCCUCUCUGUGGCCACCUUAGCCCUCGACAAUGGACUGAUGAGAACCCCUCCCAUGGGCUGGUUGGCAUGGGAACGGUUCCGUUGUGACAUUGACUGUGAACACGACCCCAAGAACUGCAUCAGUGAGAAUCUGUUCAUCGACAUGGCAGACAGACUCUCAGAGGACGGCUGGAGGGAACUUGGCUACGUCUAUGUGAACAUAGAUGACUGCUGGUCCUCCAUGGAGAGAGACAAGCAGGGUCGGCUACAACCUGACCCAAAGAGAUUCCCAGGUGGCAUCCAUAAGUUGGCACGCUACAUGCACGACAGGGGUCUCAAGCUGGGGAUCUACGGGGACAUGGGCACACACACCUGUGGGGGCUACCCUGGAACACCAAUGGACAAGAUCAUGAUAGACGCUCUGACUUUUGCUGAGUGGGAGGUGGAUAUGUUUAAAUAUGACGGCUGUUAUUCUAAUGCCACAGAGCAGGAGCAGGGUUACCCUUUCAUGUCAAAGGCUUUAAAUGCUACUGGCCGUCCCAUUGGCUACUCCUGCAGCUGGCCUGCCUACCAGGGUGGCCUGCCACCAAAGGUGAACUACACUCAGUUGGGUGAGAUCUGCAACCUAUGGCGCAACUAUGGCGACAUCCAGGACUCUUGGGACAGUGUCCUGAGCAUUAUUGACUGGGUCUUUGAAAACCAAGAUGUUCUAAUAUCUGCAGCUGGACCUGGAAGAUGGAAUGACCCUGAUAUGCUGAUUAUUGGUGACUUUGGCCUCAGCAUGGACCAGUCUCGUGCUCAGAUGGCUCUGUGGGCGAUCAUGGCUGCUCCGCUUUUCAUGUCUAAUGACCUGCGCACCAUCAGCAGCGGGGCCCGCAGUAUCCUGCAGAACAAAAUGGUCAUCAGCAUCGACCAGGACCCCAUGGGCAUUCAGGGAAGACGCAUUGUAAAGGAGAAAAGUGGCAUCGAGGUGUUCUGGCGCCCUCUGUCAGGCAAUGCCAGUGCCUUGGUGUUCUUUAGUCGACGUCAUGACAUGCCUUACCGCUACCAGACUUCACUUAGCAAACUCAACUACACCACUGGCAGCUACAAGAUCAUUGAUGUCUUCACCGACAAGACUGUGAUGCUGAAAGACUCCACUGACUUUGUGGUGUCAGUGAACCCGACAGGUGUGGUCAUGUGGUACGUCUCUGCACCUGCCAAACUAAACCUCCGCCAGCUCUAUAAAGGUGGCAAACUCCAUCAUCACACCUAUGAUGAUGAAGAAAAUGCCAUUCCUCGUGUCUUCCUCUGACCGCUCGCUGUCUGAAAUUCAUCAUCCAAUAAUCACAUCACAGUUUCUGCCUCAGUGCUGUGGCUCCUGGUAUUGACAAGACCUCACUCACACAUCGUCUAGUACUCAAAGGACUAAUUUCUUUAUUAACCAUAAAGUGCUAAUGACUAAAUCAGGUCAUCAUAGGAGCAUGACCCCAUCUAAGUGAUAAAUCACUGUGAGCUCAGGGACAGCCAUUUUACAUCCAGAUAUGUCACUAAUCUGAAAUUCUCUGUGAUCCUUCUCUCAAAUUCUGCACUUGCAGUGUCAGUGUUGAUCGAGUGAAAUGAUUCAAAACAUAGCACAAUUCAUAGUUUUCACAGGGCAUAAGACACAGUCUGGGUCUCAAGCUGUUCCAAAGAAAGAAGGAUGACAACUGCCAUGCUAGUUUUUCAGAACCAUGUUUACAUUUAAAUUUUUAUUUUUAUUUUUAUUUAAGGUUAAUUGUCUUAUCCUGUCAAGAUCCCGAGGUUGCAUUGCUCAGGAUAAUUGUGAUGACCAUGUGUUAAAGAAAUGGAGAAGGUUUUUAUAUGAAAUUAUUCUGUGAAUGUCUUCAGUGAAAUCAAUUUUACUUUUCAAUCAAGAAAUCAUUAGUCUCAAUAAGUCUCAAAGCAUUUAGGUUUAGCUCUCAUUAGACAGUGAGACAUUUGGAUCUAGCAUUUCCUCAUCAGACUAGGGAGCAUUUUAAGAUAAAUGCACACAAAAAGCAGGACUGUGUUCCUAUAUAGGACUCCUGCAACAGGGCCUCCCAUAAAUGAUUACAUGCUAUUAUAGCACUCUUACAAUACAUGUUUUAUUGAAGUGACCUUAACCCAAAAACCUGACAAUAAAGCCCCAAUAACAAGGA